AUGGCGCGUGUCGAGGGCAAGCAGCAGGCAAGCAGGAGGCAAGCAGGAGGCAAGCAGCAGGCAGGCAGGAGGCAAGCAGGAGGCAAGCAGCAGGCAAGCAGGAGGCAAGCAGCAGGCAGGCAGGAGGCAAGCAGCAGGCAAGCAGGAGGCAAGCAGGAGGCAAGCAGCAGGCAGGCAGGAGGCAAGCAGGAGGCAAGCAGCAGGCAAGCAGGAGGCAAGCAGGAGGCAGGCAGGAGGCAAGCAGGAGGCAGGCAGGAGGCAAGCAGCAGGCAAGCAGGAGGCAAGCAGCAGGCAAGCAGCAGGCAAGCAGGAGGCAGGCAGGAGGCAAGCAGGAGGCAGGCAGGAGGCAAGCAGCAGGCAAGCAGGAGGCAAGCAGGAGGCAAGCAGGAGGCAAGCAGACAAGCAAGACAAGCAGGCAAGCGAGCAAGAAUAGGCGCGGUAACUGGGUGCAAGCGCUUACUCAAGAAAGAGAUCCGGAGACAAAUGGAAAACCGCGCGCAUUCUGUCAGCCUUUCCGACGCUGGCAUAUCUGCUUCUCUGUUUGUUAAUGUGUUCCGUCUCUAA